GUGACUGAUAUUCCAUCCUCGCCAUUUUGCAAUGUGGGAGAAAGGGAGGCCACUUUUUAUGGCUGACGAAUAAUUCAAAGCAGUUUUAUGUGUUGAGGACAAAGAGCAUCGAGCCUUUCCGUGUCAGUCAUGGAGGAGGUCAUCACACACUCCUCCUCCACCACCUGUUCCUCCUCUGCUCCGUCAGCACUGGGAUCUCUCUCUCAGCCCGUAGCCCAGCAUGCUGUGGAGGAAGACGCCUCCCAGAGUCUUCAGCAGAAACGAGCGGCAGAUUCUCUAAUCCAGGUCAUCGAGAAGCUCAGCAAAAUCGUGGAGAAGCGGCCCCAGCGUCGCUGCACCAUGGCGGGACAGAAAAGAGGGGGAGGAGGUGAGGAGGGGGCGAGAGGGAGCAGAGGUGGCUCUCCUGUAAAGAAAGUUAAGAGAAACUGUAAGGUGCAGGAUAACGCAGAAGAGGUGCGAAUAGAAGGUGACCAUAACAACAACAUCACAUUAAUGGAGGCGUCAAACAACCCCAACAGUGGCGACCACAAACGGACGGUGACCUGCUAUCAGUGCAGCCUGUGCCCCUACCUCUCCCAGACACUGCCUAUGCUGAAAGAGCACCUUAAGCACCACAACGAGCAGCACAGUGACCUCAUCCUCAUGUGCUCCGAGUGUCGCUUCACCUGUAGAGACCAGGGGCAGCUGGAGGCCCACGUCAGGCUGCACUUCGACAACGGAGGAAACCUGACGAGCAAUUUGUCUGAUACCUACAGCGAGGGCAAGGAGGAGGUUUUAAGAACGCAGGAUGGGGACUGGAACGAUAGUAGCCCAUUGGACGGUUCAAAAGAGCUCCCGCAGAAGAAGAAGUGGUAUAGCUUCGAGGAGUAUGGGCUGUAUCGCUGUCUGAUCUGCAGCUAUGUUUGCAGUCAGCAGAGAAUGCUCAAAACUCACGCCUGGAAGCAUGCCGGCUUGGUGGAUUGUUCUUAUCCAAUCUUCGAGGGUGAAGAUAGCAAUACCUCAAGGAAAGAGUCCCAGCCUGCACCUAACAGUGCUGCAACCAGAGAGGAAAUAGUCUUUCUUUCACCAGUUCCUCAAGAUAAAAGCCUCCAAAAGCUGCCCACUGCCUUCAAGCUCCAGCUCUGCGAGCCAAUGAAUGCUGAGAAUAAACAUGACGCCUUGAAUCGUCCAGUUUCCGAUCUCAAAGAAAGUUUGAAAAUGGAAGAGGAGGAAAGCGUGUACCCUAUCAAAGAGGAGCAGGUGACGACGGAGGCAGACGCCAAGGUGGAGAUCGAUAAUCACCACAACAGCGCUUUCGUCACGGACAGCUUACUGUCAUCGGCACAGAAGAUCAUCAACAGCAGUCCCAACAGUGCCGGACACAUCAACGUGAUCGUGGAACGCCUUCCUUCAGCUGAGGAUUCCGUCAUGGCGACCAACCCGCUUCUUCUUAGCCCGCACGUGGACAGGGAGAAUAACUCAUUGGAUGCGAAUGAGGAGCGGGGCCAUGUGGGAGCUGCAAAGGGUGAAGUAGUGUCUAGCUGCAUUCUGGGUAGCACUCCUGACAGCAUACCUUUAGUAGCAGAUUUUAAACCGUCUAUUGCUGUGGGUAGCGACUCUCCACGGGAUGAAAACAUUCCCCCAGCUGGUCGAAAGAGGACACAUUCUGAGUCUCUGCGCCUGCACUCUCUGGCGGCUGAGGUCCUGGUAGCUAUGCCUAUGAGGACCACCGAGCCCCCCCCCUUCAGCACAAAGGUAAGUCUUAGGACCAGCACAGCCCAGACACAGAGGACUUCUGACGCGGAGACGACCGCAGCUCUGUUGGACUUAGAGCUUCACGGCGAGGCCAGAGAAGAAGAAUUGGGGUCCUUGUGCCUGGGGGAGGGAGACGAGGAGGGCCCUGCCACUAAAGCGGGAAUCAGCCUGUCAUUGCUAACCGUCAUCGAGAGACUCCGAGAACGCUCGGACGAGAACGCCUCCGACGAGGAUAUCUUAAAGGAGCUUCAGGACAACGCUCAGUUCCAUAACGGAGCUGUGGAGAGUGUGGGGACAGGAAACGGAGCGGGGAGCUACAUGUGUAGCAUUCCCGGAAUGGACGGGUUGGUGGCAAGUUCUGACGGGGGACUGGUGGACUACAUCCCCGGAAAUGAAAGGCCGUACAGGUGCCGCCUGUGUCGCUACAGCAGCGGCAAUAAGGGGUACAUCAAACAGCACCUCCGGGUGCACAGGCAGAGACAGCCCUAUCAGUGUCCCAUCUGCGAGCACAUCGCCUUAGACAGCAAGGACCUGGAGAGCCACAUGAUACACCACUGCAAGACCAGGAUGUACCAGUGCAAGCAGUGCCCAGAUGCCUUCCACUACAAGAGUCAGUUAAGGAGCCAUGAGAGGGAGCAGCACAGCUUCAGCGAGGACAUGUCCGGCCUCACCCCCGUCACUGAAACUGUCUCCAUGGUGGAGGAUGCUGAGCGGGUCACAGAUGAUGAAUGUGGUGUGCAGAAUAUGUAUAAGUGUGAUGUGUGCGACUACACCAGCUCCACUUAUGUCGGCGUGAGGAACCACCGUCGGAUUCAUAACUCUGACAAGCCUUAUCGGUGCUGUAGCUGUGAUUUUGCCACCACCAACAUGAACAGUCUGAAGAGCCACAUGAGGAGACACCCCCAGGAGCACCAGGCCGUGCAGCUGCUGGAGCAGUACAGGUGCUCCCUGUGUGGCUAUGUGUGCAGUCACCCCCCCUCCCUCAAAUCCCACAUGUGGAAGCACGCCGGAGACCAGAACUACAACUACGAGCAGGUCAACAAAGCCAUCAACGAGGCCAUCUCCCAGAGCAGCCGAGCUCCUCAGAAGCUACCGGCGGUGAUGGAGUCAGCAGCUGAGCGGCCUGCGGGGGCCCCCCCCACAAAGGGCCCCGUGGAGGCAUCAGCCGGCCUGGCAAUGGACAGCUCAGCUACCCUGCCUACACCUACCACGGACCCCUCACAGUGGCCCGGUGAAGCCCUGAGCCCCCAGAGGAAGGACUCCGCUCUGCUGCAGCAGCGUUCCAGUCAGGCCCCCGGCUCUGGGAUGGAGUACUGCGUCCUCCUGUUCUGCUGCUGUAUCUGCGGCUUCGAGUCCACCAGCAAGGAGCGUCUCAUGGAGCACAUGAAGGAGCACGAGGGCGACAUCAUCAGCAUCAUCCUCAACAAGGAGCAGCAAGCACAGGCAGCAGAGUGACAGCUGUCCCCCCCCCCCCCCCCCCCCCCCCCCCUCUCUACAAUAACACUGAACUGCUGCCCUCUAAAGUAUUUCAUGUUUCCUUACCUCAAGGUGGUUAUAAGGUGUUAAACAUUUCACAUCUACUGUUCCACAGAACCGUACGGAAGACGAUUAGGGCCACAUGAGAAACACACUUUGGGAUGUGAGCAUUUUGAGUUCUGGCUUUAAUCUCAAGACACUGAGAAAGAAGUCAGAAUCCUGAGAAAAAAGGUCAGUAUUCCGAGAUGAAAGACUUUUUUUUUAAUCAAAAUUGUGACUUUUUACUCAGAAUCCUGAGAUUAAAGUGAAAGACGGAACUCAACAUGUUCUUUUCUUUUGGUCACUUCCCUACAUUUCUUUCUCAUUUGGCCCUAAUUAUCUUCCGUAGAACUGUCAUUUCUCAGAAUGACAUUAUUUUCUGAGUAUAACAUCCUUUUAAACGGGAUUUCGUACAAAUGAUAGCUAUUUUCUAGGCCGUUUUUUUUACUUUAAGAUGUCUGUAGGGAAGUGAUUUAAAUGUCAAGGGAAACCCGAGCUCUAACCAAGUUUAUUUCUCAACAUACAGGGACAAAAUCAUACCUCACAAAACCAUACAACCCCUCACCAGAAAUGGGAAAACCAAUUUCCAGUCUAUUUCAUAUAUUGACCACGAGGCAGCUCUCUUAUUGCUUUUGUAAUAUGUAAUGUAUUUGAACUGACACGGUUGAGGAGCUCCAAACUGAACAUGUCUAACAGGCAUCUAUCGCAGCUUACAUAGGAUUCAAUAUUUAUCACUUUAUUUGUAUGCAUGUUUCUGUUAUGCCAAUUCUAUAGAGGCAAAUGUUUUUUUUGUAUGUGUGACUGUAAUCUGACUAGUCUGAUCAUACAUAUUAUUUGUAUUAUAUUUCUAUAGAGGAAAAAGGUAAAGUUGUCAAAGAAAAGUAGAAGUAUGGCAAAUCCUUUUUAAUAUGUUGCCAGCAAUUAAUUUGAGAUAUCUGUAGAAAUGUUUUGACAUGUCACAAAUAUAUUUUCACAUGUAGAUAUUACAUUUAAACACGUCAAAACUGAUUUACAGAUAUCUUUAAUUUAAUAAUAUUUUCAAUAUUCCCCUUAAUGCUAGUAAGAAUAACAAUGACUGAUAAAACAAACAUUUUCUUUUCACAUUUAAACCCUCAGAAAUGUUAUUUUACAUUACAUUUUGAAUAUGUAACACACAAAUUACCUAAUCAUUUCUAUCUGUUUUUGGGUAGCACAUUUUGUUGCUACUACAGUUUUAUUUUUCAAUUCCAGAAAUCACAUUCUUACUAGUUAAAAUUACAAACUAGAAUGUAUGAUAUUUUGUACACAAAAUACAUGUCCAAAAGUAACAGUUUUGUUGUUGAUAUGAAUAAUUAACAUAUUUACUAGUAGAAAUUACUUAUAGAUAUAAUUUAUUAGAAUUACAACUAGACACAAUUACAUUAUUGAUUUGUCGACUUGGAAACAUAACCUGUCAAAAUGUAGUCUACUAUUCAGUUUGAAUAGAAGUCAACGGUAAACUAGUUGGAAUCAAAUUAUACAUAUUUAUAAUAAAGAUUCCCCCCUAAUAAGAAAUGAGUUGUGGACAUAAAUAAUUCACAUUUUGACUGAUGAGAAAGUGAUUGUAGCUAAUAAUAAAUAUAAAAAGGGUUUGCCAUGGUGGACGACGAUAAAGAACUGGUCUUUGAUGGUUGUAGUCUAUAGACAGAGGUAUUGGGUUAGGGUAUGUUGACAAGAGGAAUCAUCAAAAGGGAAGUUAGCGUAUGUUGCGCUGUUAUUUAAAUGGAAUGGUGCCUAGAUAUUUCAAAGCAGGAAUAUUUUGUUAUUUAAUCUCAACCACCUGCUCUUCACGUGUGAUUGUGUUGCUAGGAUCACUCAGAGGUCUCAUUGAAAGUAUAAUCUGUUUUUUUUUUAUAGCCCAUGCAAUUUAUUUUGUAUAUAAUACCAUUUUUAUAAUAACCUCUGCUCUUUUUGUCAGUGUUUUUAAAAUACAAACUUUCUAGUGUCAAACACAACAUGGAAUGACUGCUGUCCUGCUAACAGACAUGGAUGUACAAAAUAAAGUUUGGAGGUGACA